AUGAGCAAUGAUGGUUUUUGCCCCAUCCAUAUUGCAUCUGCCAACGGAUAUUUGGAGAUCGUAAGGGAGCUGCUGAAAGUUGACCCAAGACUUUCUCAGCUGAAAGGAAGGGAUGAAUGGACUCCUCUUCAUUAUGCUGCUAGCAGAGGGAGGGUAGAUGUAAUUAGAGAAAUGGCUUUGUCUUGUCAAGAAAGUGUUGCAGAUGUGACCAUACAAGGGGAGACUGCUUUGAACCUUGCUGUUAAGUGCAGCCAGUUUGAAGCAAUUAAAGCCUUGGUGGAAUUGGUCAGAGAAAUGAACAAGGUGCCUUUGGAAGUAAAUAAUGUAAACCAUAGUGGUCUGACACCUCUGGAUCUGCUACUGAUCUUCCCAAGUGAAGCCGGUGAUAGGGAAAUGGAGGCGAUCCUUCGUGGCGCUGGAGCUAUGAGAGCAGGAGACGUAGUCCACUCUGGUGUUCCAAGCCAUAACCAUCCCCAUUUCCCCAUGGAAUCAGACACCAAUCCAUUGCAGCAACCAGAUAAUCUGGUGGAGUUCGUCGAGUUCAAAAAGGGAAGAGAUUCUCCAAGUGACCCACGUAACGCACUAUUAGUUGUAACUGUCCUAGUAGCUACCGCAACCUAUCAAGUUGCGGCGAACCCUCCAGGCGGAGUAUGGCAGGAUGCUGUUUUAAACAAAAACGGGACAACUUCCAACACAAGCAAUGCUUCAACACACUACGCAGGGACAGACAUCCCAGGUUCUUACUAUCCGGCUUUCUUUAUUGCGUUUGCAGUUUUCAACUCCAUCGGAUUUUCGAUGUCUCUUCACAUGAUCAAAAUUCUCACGACCAAUUUCCCUCUGCAGCUGGAGCUUCAUGUUUGUAUUGUUGCAAUGUACUUCACUUAUUGCAGUUCAGUGCUAACCGUUGCACCAGGUGCAGGGCUGUAUUCUUUAUUUCUGCUUACACCAGCUUUGCCUAGGAUGCUACAACUUGCUGCCAAAUGUGCUAGGCCACUUGUCAACAUCAUCAGGGAGGACGAGCAAGAGGAUCAUAGCGGAGUGGUGGGUGGAGAGGACCGGGACAUGCAUUCAGACUUCGGAAAAAGAGAAGGGGAAGAUGAGGAAGAGGACGAGGAUGAGGAAACGAGGAGGUAG